UGAUGCGAAAACAGUCAAAAAGUAGUGUUGCGGCUGACGGAGAGACAGUCGGAGAUCUUAGCGGCUGAAACUUUCCGGCAAAGACGAUGAGCGCGAACACAGUCCCUCCUCUCAUUAUCGCUCAGUUGAAUCAUCUCAUCUCUCAGUCCCCUUUCCCCAUUAAGGUCGAUCAAAUAUGGGCUGGUAACAAGAACGUAGGUCUUGCUGAUCGCAUCACCUUAGUAAUCCCUUUCUGCUUGGAUUACAUCAAAUGGGAUGUUAUAUACAAUGCUUUAUACCCAUUGUCGGCUCCUGAUAUUAUUUUUGGACCUGAGUCUGAGAAUUUUCGGCCUCUUCAGAUAUCUGGGGAGUUAAAGAACUACCUCGCUAACUGGAACAGCAAAGAUCCAACAAAGCUGCUAUCUCUCGUUCUUGAACUCAGACAAUUAUACAUGACAUAUCAGAGGAAGCGUGUUGAAGAUGUUGAUGAUGAUCGACUUAAGUUUGAGAUUAGCACCAUUAUGUCAAGGGAGGGAAUUGAGAUGUACAUGACCUCAAGCAAUGAGAAGCCUGAAGAGGUAAAGUUUGCCGUACCUUUACUAGGUUUGGACAUAAAUGGGAUGAUUCCCGGCUGCUCCUGGCGACACCAGCAGAAAAUAUAUUUGCAGGUUAUAUUUCCUGUGGGCAGAAAAUACAUCUCUGCCACAUCAGUCCCACGGCUAAAACUUGUGUCAUCUCCCGAGUUGAAGUCUCUUUUCUCUGUUGAAGAUUUCAGGCUCCCUUCAUGGUUAGAUGGAAUGUGUAUGGCUGAAUAUCUUCCUACACUAGAAGAGCUGCUUCAGUUGCAGAUCUCCGAUGCCAUCUCAUCAAUUGAAGCCAGAAGGAAAUUUAUAAUGGCAUUAGCUCCUGUUUUUGGAAGACCGCUCGAAGCUGAAUCAGUGUUCUGCCGGAAGGCAACAUGUUUGGGAAAUUCGGGUGUCUUUGUAUUUCUGGUCCACUUUAGUCUCCCUCUUCAGUUUCCAAAGCAACAACCAACUUUGGUACUUCAAAGUUCUCAGCAUUUCAAUUCACUUGGCGUGCCUAUCAAAUCAGCAGUCAUAACCGAGUUUCCUUGGAGUCCUAGGUGGGAACCUACAGGAAUGGUAGAACGAAUCUAUGAUUAUCUAGUUGAAGAAUGCCUGAACUUCAAGAAGUACUGUAUCGAUAUCACAAAUCAGCAGCAGCGAUGAUAAAACAUUGCUCGGACUGAACCGAACCGAACCCCCUCGUGUUAAAGCCAUUGCGACGUGUGUGUGUGUGUAUGAAAGAAAGAAGAAAAAAAACUAUAAAAAAAAACAGAAGAAGAUUUGGACAUCUGAAUUUACUGCUAUAAUUUUGAUGCCUAUCUGCUGUUAUUUGUUAAUGGAUGGAAUUCUUGUUUUUUAUUAAAAGACUUUAUGAGCUGCUUA